UUGAAGUUGUUAAUAUGAAUGUCAGAGAGAAUGUCGCAGUUAUUGCCGUUUUUCAAAUCCAUAUGCAUUGUAAUGGUUGUGCUGAGAAAGUAAAACGAGCAGUGAAGCAUUUGGAUGGUGUGAGUGACGUGAAAGUGGAUCUUUCAUCCAACAGACUCACCCUUACCGGAAAAGUAGACCCUGUCGUAAUCAAAACCAAACUGGAGAAGAAGACUAAGAAGAAAAUUGAAAUCGUCUCUUCUCAGCCUAUUGAAGAUGCUGGCGGCCAUAAAAAACCCGACGAAAAGAUUGAGAAGAAGACCGACGAGAAUAUGACCAAUGAGAUUAGGAAGACACACAUCAAAUUCAAAGAUGAAGAAAUUCAUGUCUCAUUCGGAAAGUUAAAAUCAAUUGAAAUCAAUUUUACGGGAGUCAAUGAGAUUUCAAUAGAUGCUCAGAAGAAUUUGAUAACAACUAAGCGCAGCAUAGAAGGAAAAGACCAUGUUGGCUACCUCAAUGAAAAGUUCAAGAGAUCCGUCGAAGUAGUUCCUCUCAAGAUAGGAGAAACCGUCGUUGCUGGAGGCGACAAGAAAGAAAAAGAAGCUGGAGGAGGCAGUGGUGGUGACAAAGCUUCCACUUCCAACGGUGGUGGUUACGAAGCUUCCACCUCCAGUGGUGGAGACGGCAGUGGCCAGAAAAUGGAGUACAGCGGUUUCUCAUAUCAACCUUCGACAUUUUACUACGAGGUUCCAAUUAAUUUUCAUGAGGUUCAGAUGUGCAGCGACGAGAAUCCAAAUUCUUGUCCCAUCAUGUGACUAAACAUAAAUAUAUCUAUGAAAAUUCUUCAUAUAAAAACAAGAAGAAUAAGAAGAAUUAGAUAGUUUUUUUUUUUCGUUGUUAAUUUUAGGAUCUAUCGACCAGCUAGUGU